CGGGUCUCCUCCACAGUCAGUGGUUACUCCCCAUUAGGUCCAAGGCAUGUAUCCCUCUACCCUAACCCUAGAACAGUGACAGUAGAUAACGUGGAUGUGUGGGUACCAGCGCUACAUGACGCGUCUAUAGACCAAUAAAUAACUUUUAAAACAGUGAAAAUGAAGCAUUCCCGAGCUAGAUUUAUUUCCGGCAAAAGCUGGAAGGACCCUGAAACUGUUGGAUUAAAUGUUGCAAUAAUAAUGUGCUAUUUAGUGGGGCUGUUAUUUUUCCAGAGAGCCAUAGGCUGGGCAGAGUCACAGGCAUCCAUCCCAACCACCCCGGUAUACUCUAGUGAUCAAGGGAAGGAAUGGCUCAAAAUAUUUAGCGAGGAAGGAUCACCUCCUGGAGUGCUCUUCAGGCACCUACUUCAAGCAACAACAACAACAACAACAACAACAACAACCACAACAACAACCGUAGAUACACCAACCUUAAUCCCUGCCAUGGGAAACAGUUCGGAUAACAAUACAAAUGUAACUGCUGAUGCCGAUCCUCUCUUUCCUUCGGAUUUAUUUACAGAGGAUCAAAGAAAAAACGGAGCGGUAGUACUUCACAUCAUUGGUCUAAUCUACAUGUUUGUAGCGUUGGCAAUCGUUUGCGAUGAGUUCUUUGUACCUUCCUUAGAUGUAAUCAUCGAGAAACUGGGAAUCAGUGAAGAUGUCGCUGGUGCAACGUUCAUGGCAGCUGGAGGAUCAGCUCCUGAGCUCUUCACAUCAGUCAUCGGGGUUUUUGUGGCAUUUUCAGACGUGGGAAUAGGAACCAUCGUCGGCUCAGCGGUAUUCAAUAUUCUCUUCGUCAUCGGUAUGUGCGCUCUGUUCAGCAAGACUGUGUUACACCUGACCUGGUGGCCGCUGUUCAGGGACUGCACGUUCUACAGUAUAUCCCUGGUCACCUUGAUCCUCUUCUUCCUGGAUAAUCUAAUCCAGUGGUGGGAGGCAUCUCUGCUCCUCGGUAUCUACGCCUCCUAUGUGUGCUUCAUGAAGUUCAAUGCCCAGGCGGAGAUGACACUGAAGAAACUAUUCUCUAAGAACAGGGUGACUAGGGUUACCAGCACAGACCACCUCGUCCCCAGCGAUGUUUUGAUCCCCCUGAUGAAUGGAAAAAUGAAUGCAUCGACCCCCUCCUCUUCUUUCAGCCAGGCCGGAGUAACUGGAGGAGCAAUGGCGUCCACAAUGGUAUCAGAAGGACACAGGCCUUCUACAGGGAUCCCCGUCCUUCACUCUGGUUCCCACUUCCGCCACGGUCUUCUUCAGCUGAUGAUCCACACAAUAGACCCACUUCACGACGGUAGCAGUAGUUUUGGGAAAGUUGACGAGAAAGCGACUCAGCUCCAUGCAAUUGCAAGUCUCAAGGUUCUCUUGGAUGCUACUAAACCCCAGGAUGGUGUGAACGGUACCGCUGACGGUCACCAGGGGGAGGGUGGGGAUAGCGGCCGGGCAACUGGGUCAGAGGUUGGACUUGUUGAUGCGUACACAAAUUCAGAGCAGUUGUCCCAAACUGGAUUACAGAAUGGAACCACUGGGGUAUCCGCCCCAACCUAUCCCGUCCAAAUUAACGAACCUGGAACCAUGUUGAAUCUAGAGAACCCCGACCUUGAUGAUGUGGAACCUGAACCUCUAGAUCUCAGGGUUCCCGUGGAAUCCCUGUCCAAGACGAUCACGUACUUUAUCCUGCUCCCGAUCGUGUUCCCCCUGUGGCUGAGCCUCCCGGAUACAAGGAAAAGAUCUUCCCGAAACUUCUUUGUUGUCACCUUCGUUGGGAGUAUUUUGUGGAUUGCCGCGUUCUCGUAUCUCAUGGUUUGGUGGGCCACCGUUGCAGGAGAUACCAUCGGGAUACCCCCAGAGGUAAUGGGGUUGACCUUCCUGGCUGCUGGAACCUCUAUACCUGACCUCAUCACCAGCGUGAUCGUGGCAAGGAAGGGGUUCGGCGACAUGGCCGUCUCCUCCUCCGUCGGCAGCAACAUAUUCGACGUCACUGUCGGGUUACCUCUCCCCUGGCUGCUGUAUACCUUGAUUAUGGGGACCUCUGUGCCAGUAAGCAGUGCUGGGAUGGUUUGUUCAAUAACUCUUCUAUUUAUAAUGCUUCUCCUUGUAUUCUUCUCUAUAUUAAUCUUCAACUGGAAAAUGACUAAAGCGAUGGGCCUGGCAAUGUUUUUCUUCUACUUUCUCUUCGUUGCAGCAACCCUAGCUCUUACUUACGACUGGAUAAUCUGCCCCAUGUAAACCAAUAUGGAUACAGGGAUAUUCAAAAUACUAUAACCCAUUGGAUAACCUGUAAUAUGUCAACCAAUAUGGAUACAGGGAUAUCCAAAAUACUAUAGCCCAUUGGAUAACCUGUAAUAUGUAAACCAACAUGGAUACAGGGAUAUCUAAAGCCAAGUGGAUAAUCUGUAAGUAUUUAAGCUAUACAAAAUGGAUAAGGUAUAUCCAAAAUAUUUUAGCCCAUUGAAUAACCUGCAAUAUGAAGGCUAUCCAAAAUGGAUAUAGGUAUAUUCAAAAUAAUUUAGCCCAUUGGAUCACCUGUAAUAUGAAAGCUAUCCAGAAUGAACACAAGGAUAUCCAAGAUACUUUAGCCCAUUGGAUCACCUGUAAUAUGUAAGCUAUCCAGAAUGAACACAAGGAUGUCCAAGAUACUUUAACUCAUAAGAUAACCUGUGUAAUACCUAUGGAUACAGGGAUAUUCUUAAGUCAUACAGCUGAAAAAUCUGUCCUUAAUAAA